GGCGGCGCUACUGCCCCCACGAGCCGGAUAACAAGGAGGAAGAAGAGUACCACUGUUUUAUUUAUUCUCUGUCAGCUUCAUAGUUUAUCGGUUUCUUAUCGAUGGGAUAAAAUAUUAUUCAUGUUAGACUUAUAACCGAGCUAUGGAUCCAGUCCACCCUCUGGAAACCCUGCAUGGUAAUGUUGAUCAUGACAGUGGGGACGUUACCUCGUGGGUGUCGGUGUGUCCCGGAGGCCUCUGGAAAGUCCAGCAAAAGCCAGCAUGCAAGAACAGUCUAACUGUAUCAGAUUCCGAAGAUGGUAGAUCAAGUUCAUCCAGUCACUGUCCAAGGCUGGGUUCACUGUGUCGUGUUCGAGUGCGGCUCAAAGCAAACGUGGAUGAGACAGAAACUCCGGACUCUGAUGGGGUAGACGAGAAGCUGUCAGUCACUGAAGUCACUGAAGUGGUGGGAACCCCCUUCCCAAGGAGUCGGGACUCUGCACUGCAGCUUCCACUGGGGGACUGGACUACACUGAGGCUGGGGGAGGGCCAGUGUGAUAUUACAGAAGCAUGUCUGGAGGGAAUGAGAGCUGGAGAGAAAUGUGAGAUACUGCUCUCUCCAGUUGGAAAUGGACCAGAUGUCUCUAUUCCACAACCUGACGAGGGUCACCUUCCUAUAUGUGCCACAGUGGAACUCCAAGCUUUCACGCCAGGCAUGGAAUCCUGGGAGAUGCCACCUGGGGGAAAAUGGGAGUGGGUGAAGUCCCACAAGGGGAGGGGUGGUGCCAGAUACAGGAGCGGGGAUCUCUGGGGAGCUGCUGACAGCUACAGCCGAGCCCUCAAGCUCCUCAUCGCUCUCUAUGGCCCCGUCAGAGAGCAGGAGAAAAACGGACAAAAGCAAGACGUUUUGGCACUGGGAGAUUCAAGCAAUGGUGGUGAACCACAGCACCUUCCUUCAGUUCAUGAGUUCAAGACGAUCAAAGCAGAGCUCCACUCAAACCUGUCUUUGUGUCAGCUCAAACUGAGCCAGCCGGAGCGGGCGAGGGCCAGCGCUUCUAAAGCCACAGAGCUGGAACCAGGUGGUGCUAAAGCCUGGUACCGGCUGGGCCAGGCCUGCCAGAUGGUGAAUGAGGUCGAGGAGGCCAAGCGGGCAUUCAGGAAGCUGCUGGAGCUACAGCCAGAAUCUCCUGCUGCCUUAAAGGCCCUUAAGGACAUAGCAAGUAAAGAGAAGGAGACAAAUGCACAGCUGGGAGUGAGACUGAGCAAAAUGUUCAGCUGAGGAUCAAAGAUGUUGAAUUUGUCAUCAGAUAUUAUCAGAACAACAGUAUCGUUUUCAUCCGGGCUCACCUUGACCUGGAAAUUCGUCUAUAGCUACUUUGGAGAUUAAAAGUCACUCUGUAGAUGCUCGUUUUCAUCCUAACGCUUUGCUGCUUUCACAAGUAAAAACCAUGUGUCGAAUAAAA